GUUAAAUCAAACAAAAGGCCUUCGUCGUGGUUAGGUGGCAUCCAAAUUAAAGAAAAGAAUAACAUAAUAUUCUUCGUUCUCUAGUUCCAAUCAAUGAUUUUAAAUCGUAGCAAAGGCUGCGUGCAAAGUGUCCAUUGCUAAUAUCAUAUCAGACUAGUGUAAUAGCGAUUCGCGUAAAACAACUGCUAAAGUUCUGUGUUUGGAUGACGGAAUUUCCUGCUCCGUCUGUGGUAAACCAUUUCCAGUACAGAAGCAACACUCGCGGCGAAGUGAUUGUAGAUUGGUGUCAAGAAAGGUCAUCGGAGCCCUCAUCUUGUUUACAGCAAAAGUUUGCGUGACAGAUUGUUGUUGCAGAGUCAUACAAGUUAGGUGGCAAAUUGGUGAACGGACUUAAAACGAAAACGACAAAUAUCGUGUAAAUGCGGGACAAGUUAUGGAUCAGGCCCUCGAGCAGCAUAUUCAUCACUUCCCGUGAUGCGUGUGUAGAUUUUGUCUAAAGAUAAGCUAUCAGUUUUCUUACGCUAUCAGUGGACUGAGGAUGAGAAGAGGUGUGUGACUAGGCGGCGGCUUUCAACGAGUUCGUUUAGUGUGCAUAUUUGUUGUUAACAAGUGUUUGUGGUUUAUUUUAUUCAAUUGUGUACGAUUUCGCUAGUGCGACCGAUUGGACGCAAUUUGCCAUUUGUUGUGCUGUGUUGUUUGUUGUGCUGUGUUGUUUGUUGUGAAACAAUUCCUGAGCGAGACGGAUUGCCGCAAAACAUUCCUUAAUCCAAGGGCACAGGCUGAUAGUUUGAUUUAAAAGUGCUACACAACGCAGGACCACAACGUCACAACGAGCAGCGUAAACCCUGGCAUCCAGGCAGAAACUGAAGCUUGCAAAAAUGGCACAAGAAUCGGCCGUCAAACAAUUCAUCGAUCGGAUCAAUAGCACCAACAACGACCCAAACCGAAAGGCAAUAACUCCGGCCAUUGCCGCCCGUUUCCUGUUGGCACGUAAAUAUGACAUCACUCGUGCGAUGGCGCUUUACGAGCAGCAUGAACUGAUCCGACAACGAGAAGGGCUGUACGGAUUCGAUCCACUUAACGAACCACUGCGUGCAGAGCUGGAAACCGGAAAGUUUACGAUCUUGCCUGGACGAGAUGCUAGUGGUGCAGCGAUCGCUUUGUUUACUGCAAAUUUACACUAUCCGAUGACUGUAACGCAUAAAACAACUCUACAAGGCGUUGUUUAUCAGCUAGAUGUAGCGUUACAGAGCACUGAAACGCAGAAGGCUGGAUUAGUUUUUAUCUACGAUAUGAGCACUUCAAAGUAUUCCAACUUUGAUUACGAUUUAUCUCAAAAGAUCCUCACAUUGCUGAAGGGUGGAUAUCCUGCUCGGCUGAAAAAGGUUCUUAUUGUAACGGCUCCACUCUGGUUCAAAGCACCAUUCAAAAUCCUGCGGCUGUUCGUGCGUGAGAAAUUGCGUGAACGCGUUUUCACCGUAUCAAUACCACAGCUGAGUUUACAUGUUCCUCGGGAAUCUCUGCCGAUUCGAUUAGGUGGUACCUUAGAAGUUGAUCAUUCCUCAUGGUUAUUACAUUGUUACAAAUCGAUGACGAAUCGUGAAGACGAAAUUAUUGCGACAGCGGGUCAGCAACAACAGCAGCAGCCACAGAAUUCUCAAAACAGUUCUGCAAUUGUGGCCGGGGCGAAUGCUGGAAAUGCUGGCAUGGGAAGUGCAGGAAUCGCGGCAAUACCUGCGGCAACAGGCACGCUGGAUACGCACCACUUGCUUAGCGGUGUUGGUGUUGGCUCGGAACUAGUGGAUGUUGCUUUCGUCGCCGCGCAUAACCACCGAACAGUAUCGCCUAGCAAUGGCACGCUGGUAGAGGAUCACUUAAACGUGGAUGAUAUUAGCGACUUAGCAGCAGUGAGUGCCAAUCAACAUCUUCCCGCGAACCAUGCAAGCGGCGGUGUUGGACAUCACAAUCACCACACCAGCAAUGAAUUGUGGACAGAGAACCCUCCGAGCAGCGCAUCGUCAGGCUUUAGCGACGAUGAUAGUUUGGCCGGCGCAGAAGGAGAUCCCAAAACGAUCGAACAGAUUGUGCAGAUGGUCCGCGAAAGGGGUAAAAUGGGAUUGAUUCGUGAAUACACCGAAAUAAAAGCCCGCGCUCCAGAUGGUACCUUCACGCAUGCAAAGCUGAGAAAUAAUUUAGCGAAGAAUCGCUACACGGACGUGCUGUGCUACGACCAUAGCCGCGUAGUGCUGUCUCAGGAGGAGGACGAUCCGACAACGGACUAUAUCAACGCGAACUUUGUCGAUGGCUACAAACAGAAGAAUGCUUACAUUUCCACACAGGGACCACUACCAAAGACAUCGUAUGAUUUUUGGCGUAUGGUCUGGGAACAGCAUUGUUUGUUGAUCAUUAUGACAACGAGGGUGAUGGAACGGGGUCGUGCCAAGUGCGGUCAGUAUUGGGAACCAAGUGAAGGUGGUGUAGCGGAGUACGGUUUCUUUCGAUUGCGGACAAUGUCGAUAGAAACAAAAGAAGACUACACCGUAGUGGAAUUGGAAAUAAGAAACAUUAAGACUGAUGAGGUAAGGUGCGUGUCCCAUUGGCAGUUUACCAGUUGGCCUGAUUACGGUGUGCCCUCGUCGGCCAAAGCUAUGCUAAAUUUUCUUCAACGUGCCCGCGAAAAGCAAGCCGAGAUGGUACGGUCGCUGGGUGAUCUGUGGGCCGGUCAUCCUCGGGGCCCGCCAAUAGUGGUUCAUUGCAGUGCCGGAAUCGGACGAACGGGUACAUUCAUAACGUUGGACAUUUGUAUAUCGCGCCUGGAAGACGUUGGUACGGCCGACAUCAAGGGGACAGUGGAGAAAAUACGUUCCCAGCGGGCAUAUUCAAUACAAAUGCCGGAUCAGUACGUGUUUUGUCAUUUGGCCCUAAUCGAAUAUGCGCUUUCGCGCUCCAUGUUACAGUCAGUAGAUCUUUCGGAGUUUGAUGAUCGGGACGAAGAAUCCGACUAGAGGAAGAAAUCGCAAAUGACACAAACAACAUAAACACAACUCACGCACGUCUGAGUGAUGAACAGUACAGGUCAUUAUUUGCUCCCAUUCGAGGGGAAUGGCUGAAAAGGUGAACUACUUGUCCUGAUUCGGGAGGUGAGCCGAAUGCGACAUGAAUGUUAAUUUGCUGAACGCCUCUUUGCACUGUUCAACCUUCAACCUAACCCAAUCGAUGAUUGUUUUUCGUGUGAUUAGUAUAAAUGCCGAUCACCUUCGCACAGUGUAAGCGUAAGUAUCGCUCGUGUACUAUACACGCGGACUCGUUUGACGAAGAGUACGCGAGUUUGAUUUGUGUUUUGGAUAACAUAAAUUAUUGUUUAACUGCAGUAGUAUAACACGGUUCAGAUCGUACACUACGAAAAAAAGACCUGAAUGUCGGCAUGCAAAAUACCAGGAGAUAUUAGAUUCGACAUAAUACUACAAGCGAAACCAUAUGGAAAAUUACGGAAACGUUUUGCAGUGGUUCGGCUAAUGGCAUCUUUUUCGGCUUUUGGCAGUGUGAUUUAACACCAAAAACAAAGUAAGACAGAAUUAUUUUCUCCCAAUAAGUGCGUAUUCCUAAUGAUACAAGUGGCGAAACGAAGGUAAAAAGCGUCUACGAGGAAAUUCAACACGAAGAAUUUGAUGGCUUCGUGAUUUAAAUAGAUUUCAAUCUCUUUCUACUAUUGCAGUCGAACGCAAGGGUCGCUUGCAAGAAAACAACAAAAGCCCAUCAAUUGUAUGAUACCUAAAACUAUUGUUUUAAAAUCGUGGCAUUUUAGCAGGGCACAACUAGAGAUGAGGCAUCAUAAACAACUAAAAGAAUGUCCAGUCCAGUGAAAUGUGAAUUAUAGAUUUGUGAAAAUCCAUUGAAAUAGCGCGGAACAAGUGCUGUAAGAAGAAUGUGCGAGCAAAUAGAGAAAAGAUAUCAAAGUUUAUUUUUUCUAUUUAUUUUAAUUUUAGUAAGGAAGAUAUUCGUAAGUACAUUUAGUAAUAUUUAAAACUAGGAAUAAAAUAAUGAUAUGAGGGCGAUAUGUACGGAGAUCAAAUACAAACAAAACAAUAAGUAGACUAAAAAACCGUUCCGUAAAUAAAUAUCGAUCAUGAAAACUUGACUGCACACCGACGAAUGGCCGGUACCGUGGGAA